AUGAAAGCCUCCGCUCUCCCGGACCUCAAGUCCAUGCCGACUGUCAAGUGCAUGCCACAUGGGUGCGCUUGGGGAUUAUUUGAUCAAGGCGGUCAACGUGAUAGCCUCGGAACGCUCAACCUGCUGGAACCAGAGGUUGUGGUAGCUGCCAAGGAAGAAAUUAAGUCCGGGAUCAGCGUAUCAGUGAACUGGGAUCUGAACAAGCCAUACAAUCCUGGAUUCAAUCGCAGGAAGACUAUCCACAGUUUCAUCGACCUGAGCUCCGACACUAACUGUGUCCGCAAUGAUGAGAUCCACAUCAACACCCAGAGUAGUCUCAAUUCGAUGGCUACAAGCACUAUGGCCACAGUGCUUCAGGCUGCUACUACAACGGCCUCAAACAUGCUGAUGUUCCGACGUCCCUGGACAAUGGCAUUCACCAUUGGAAUGACCGAGGCGGGGUAG